AUGGUUGAUUACGUUGGUAAAGUUAAGCAAUUGAUUGCAAGCCAUCAAUUUUUGCAAUUUACCGCUAAUUGGUGUCCCGACUGCAUCUAUGCCAAUUCGAUAUGGAAGCGUUUUGGUGUGCAAAGUAAAAUCCAUAUGUUCGAAGUCGGUCCAAUGAGUAAUAACGAACGUGAGCAAUACAGAAAAGCAUUCCAAGAGGUUACUGGUAGUAGAAACUUGCCUACGGUGGUUGUAAAUGGUAAAUUUUGGGCUACCGAAAGUGAAUUGCACAGAUUCGAGGCUAAGGGAACUUUGAAAGAGGAAUUGCAAAAAAUUGGUCUUCUAUGA